AUGGAUUAAGGGGUAAGCCAUGGAUUUUCUCUAAGAAAGAUCUGCAAAUAGAGACUCAAAGGAGUAUUUGUUUCUUUGAUUUAAACAAAUCCUAAUGUUACUAAUUAUUUUUUGAUUGUUGACCAAAGGACUGUAAAAGUUGUUUCAGCAUAUAUGAAAUUGGCGGAAUUAAUGGAAUUGGGAGUAAGUGCUGUUGAGAAAUUGGAGUUGGGGAGAAAGCCUUUUCCAAAAUUACAUGCAAUAUAUUUUAUUUCUCCAACAUAAGAGUCGAUCUAAAGAUUAUUGGACGAUUUCAAAGAUAAAAAGAAUCCUCAAUAUGGUGUUGUUCAUAUAUUUUUAUCAAAUGAAAUAGAUCAAGGAUUAAUGCAAAAAAUAGCUUAAUGUAACUAGCUAAUAACUAAAAUUGCCUCUUUCAAAAUAGUGAAUUUAGAUUUUGCAUGUACUUCAGAUUAGGUAUUUACAAUUGAAACCCCAGAAAUACUUACAAAAGCCUUUACAUAAUAAAAUAUUUAAUAAUAAUUGAAAGAAGCUUCAUAUAAAUUGUCAACCUUACUAAUAUCAUUUAACAAAUUUUAUUCCUUUGAAUUCUUAUAUAAUUAAGCGGAGAAUAGGUUAUCAGAACAAGUCGCAAAAUUAGCAGCAGCAAGGUUACAAGAAUUACUAGCUUCUUUUGUAAAGUAGAAAAAUGAGUAGUAUGAUAACAUUGAAAAAGAAGCUGGAAAGAUAACCGUUAUGAUAAUAGAUCGAUCAUAUGACGUAGCUACUCCAUUAUUACAUGAUUUUUAUUACCAAUCCAUGAUCUAUGAUUUAUUAGAUAUAACAAAUGACAUAUAUGAAACUGAAGUAGAAGCAGCUGGCAAAUAAAUUAAACAGAAAGUAAUAUUUAAUGAAAAUGAUGAUUUAUUCAAUAGAUAUAAAUAUCGACACAUUAUACAGGUGUUGGAAGGAAUCCCUUCAGAAUUUAGAGAAUUCGUACACAACAACACGACUGCCAAAGUGCAUUAAGGAUAAUUGAAUAAUUUAGAUUUGAAUCAGAUGUCAGAAAUCGUUAAGACAUUGCCUUAAUAUAAUGAAUUAUUAGCAAAAUACACCUUGCAUAUGAAACUAAUUGAAAAGAGUUGGUCAAUCUUUGAAAAUAAGGGUCUUAAAGAAAUAGGAGAGAUUGAGCAAAGUCUAAUCACUGGUAUUGAUGGGUCUGGCAAAAGUAUUUCAACCACUAAGAUUUAAAGUGCUGUUGCAACUAAAUUGAUGAGUGAAACACUGGAUGACUAUGAUAAAUUAAGACUAAUCUUAUUAACCUCCAUCGGUUUGGAAAUGUCAGAAAAAGACAGAAAGAUAUUAACUGAUAAAAUUAAAGUUGAACACCAAUAAGCAAUCUUAAAUUUAAUUUAUUUAGGUGUCAAUCCUUAAAAAGGGGGGCAGAAAAAGUCUAAAUCUUCUAAUAGAGUCAAUGACGAUUUAAAAAAAUAAGCUAAACAUAAAUUGGCCAGUGCUUGUACUGAGCUAUCUAGAAAUACUCCAUUGAUUGAAACUUUAGUGGAAAGCUAUAUUGAAUCUAAUUACAAAAAACCUUAGAAAUUCGAUUCUAUAAUUAUAAAUGAGGAUGGUGUUGGGAGCAAAGGUGGAGGAAAAUCAAUUAGAAAAGGAGGACAAUUGGCCAGAAUGAUACAAACUGAUGAUAGUGAUGACACUAUCAAUUACACUCCUAAAUUAAUUAUAUUUGUAAUUGGGGGAAUUAGUUAUUCAGAAAUUAGAAGUCUGUUAAGUAAUCAAAAAAUUACUAGUUCUUAAAUUACUUUGGUUGGCUCAACUCAUAUUGUUAAACCAAAAGACUUCUGUUAAGGAUUGAUAGACAUGAAGACUAUUUGA